AUGCCUUUGUUCAGCAGUCCCGCCAUGCGUGGUCCUCGUCCAGCCGGACGUCCUCAAGGCUCUGUGGGAGGGAAGACAGUAGCUGGGUCUGGCGUUGCCAGCUCAUCUGGUCCUCAAGGCCGAGGAAAAGGAACCAGAGGCUUGGGUCUCGGGAAAUCGAAUCUCAAGCGUCACAGUGAAUCUGAUCUGCGUUCUUCACAUCACAGGAAGAUAUUGAAGGAUAAUAUCAUGGCAGUCACCAAGAGCGAUAUCCGACGAUUGGCGCGACGUGGAGGCGUGAAGCGUAUCUCAGGAAUGAUCUAUCAGGAAACCCGCGAUGUUCUCCGGAAAUACCUCUCCUCGAUAUUGAACGACUGCGUCCUGAUCUGCGAACAUUCGAAGCGGAAAACUGUCACAGUCACAGAUGUCAUCUGGUCGCUCAAAAGACAAGGCCGGCCGAUCUAUGGAUUCGAUCAAAAUGCCUUGAGCAAGAAACCGGACACGAAGAAGCGAUACUGA